GCGCGCCCCCGGAACGUGUUGCUGCUCCUCGCGGACGACGGGGGCUUCGAGAGCGGGACCUACAACAACAGCGCCAUCGCCACCCCUCACCUGGACGGCCUGGCCCGCCGCAGCCUGGUCUUCCGCAAUGCCUUCACGUCUGUCAGCAGCUGCUCCCCCAGCCGCGCCAGCCUCCUCACCGGCCUGCCCCAGCAUCAGAACGGCAUGUACGGCCUGCACCAGGAUGUCCACCACUUCAGCUCCUUCGACGGGGUGCGGAGUCUGCCGCGGCUGCUCGCCCAGGCUGGCGUUCGCACAGGCAUCAUUGGGAAGAAGCACGUGGGGCCCGAGCCCGUGUACCCGUUCGAUUUCGCAUACACGGAGGAGAACAGCUCGGUCCUCCAGGUAGGGCGGAACAUCACCCGAAUUAAGCUGCUGGUCCGGAAGUUUCUGCAGACUCAGGAUGACAGGCCCUUCCUCCUCUACGUGGCCUUCCACGACCCGCACCGCUGCGGCCACUCCCAGCCCCAAUACGGCACCUUCUGCGAGAAGUUUGGCAGCGGAGAGAGCGGCAUGGGGCGGAUCCCAGACUGGACCCCCCAGACCUACGACCCGCAGGACGUGGUGGUGCCCUACUUCGUCCCCGACACCCCCGCAGCCCGCGCCGACCUGGCCGCCCAGUACACCGCCAUCGGCCGCAUGGACCAGGGGAUUGGGCUCGUGCUCCAGGAGCUGCGUGAGGCAGGUGUCCUGAAUGACACGCUGGUGAUCUUCACGUCGGACAACGGGAUCCCCUUCCCCAGUGGCCGGACCAACCUGUACUGGCCGGGCACUGCCGAGCCCCUGCUGGUGUCGUCCCCGGAGCACCGGAGGCGCUGGGGCCAGGUCAGCGAGGCCUACGUGAGCCUCCUAGACCUCACGCCCACCAUCUUGGAUUGGUUCUCCAUCCCUUACCCGAGCUAUGCCAUCCUCGGCUCAAAGACGGUCCAGCUCACUGGCCGGUCCCUCCUGCCGGCGCUGGAGGCAGAGCCCCUCUGGGACACGGUCUUCGGCAGCCAGAGUCACCACGAGGUCACCAUGGCCUACCCCAUGCGCUCCGUGCUCCACGGGACCUUCCGCCUUGUGCACAACCUGAACUUCAAGAUGCCGUUUCCCAUCGACCAGGACUUCUAUGUGUCGCCCACCUUUCAGGACCUCCUGAAUCGCACCACAGCCGGCCAGCCCACUGGCUGGUACAAGGACCUCCACCACUACUACUACCGGGCCCGCUGGGAGCUCUACGACAGGAGCCAGGACCCCCACGAGACCUGCAACCUGGCCGCCGACCCUCGCUACGCGCAGGUCCUGGAGCUGCUGCAGGGCCGGCUGGCCAAGUGGCAGUGGGAGACCCAUGACCCCUGGGUGUGUGCUCCCGACGGCGUCCUGGAGGAGAAGCUGUCCCCCCAGUGCCGGCCGCUCCACAAUGAGCUGUGAGGUGGCUGGGGGCGCACGGGCCCCCCGGCCCGGCCCCCACCUUUUCCCUGAUGUGGAGGGAGGAGCAGGGACGACAGCAUCCUGUCUGAGGAGGGCUCCCCCUGGUCUCCCUGAUGCUGGGGAAAUUGUUGCCACUGCGUGGCGGAGCGUGUGCCCUGGCCCCUUCCGCCCCCCCGUGGGGGUGGGGACGCGGCUGUCCUGGUGUCUGAGUCAUGCCUCAGCACCAGUCUUCCAGGGGGUCCUGGGAUGGGAUGGGGUCCCCAGCCCGUGACCGGUGGGAGGGUCUGGGUGAGGGGGGCCUGUGUCCUGGGUGGGGGAGCUGCCAAGAAGAGGGGCUGGGACCUGGGGCUUAAGACCUUCGUUCUUUGGAGCCCACGAUGUCCCUUCACCCGAGGAGAUGGGUGCCCACGGGCCUCAGGGGUGCCGGUGGGUCCAAACCGCACCGUGAGGGAACCCAGUGUCUGGCUUUUAUCGCUCCCCAGCCUUGGAAGUCUUUGAACAACCUUGGGCGCGUUUUGCUUCCUUUCCUUUGCCCCACGGUCAAGUUCCCGGCCCCGGCUGGGUUUCCACCAGGCUGUUGAUGCGUGGCAGGCUUCCCGAGUGCCGCUGUCACUCUGUGGACUCACCCUUUGUGAACAUCCACGCGUGAAGACCCCCGCCCCGUGGGUUGGGUUGGUUCUGUCCGGCCGGCCGCCAGUUCGGUCACACCUGUUGCUGACCAAUGCCCCCCCGACUUGCCCACAGGCCGGAGCUUCUCCCCUCCAGUGGGUGGGCUCCUGCCGCUCCCCUCCGCUGCCGGCUCCACCCCGGGGGUGCAGGGAGAGAGCCAUGGUCCAGGGCACUGCAAAAGCUUUAUUUCAAUAAAAUAUACAGAAGUUCACACGCUGA